AUCAUAAUUAACACCUUUACUUUCCUCAUUUUCCUCAAAAAUUCAACGUUGUUUUAUUAUGUCAAAAUUAACCAUCAAACACUUGUAUGUUAAUCUCUCUUCCCAUAAUAAUGGCUUUCUUUGUCAAUGCUCAAAAUUGUUGUCAUAUCCCACAAUACAGCUAGCCCACCCAUAUUUUUUCUUGCACACUUUUUAUAAGGGAAAUACUCUAUCUCUUCCUCCCCUUUUGUCACGCCGGAUAACUGACGUCGAUUCGUGUUGUUCGAGUCCAUCUACCACCCCUCAAGUCGAUCUUGUCCCACCCCACCCCAACUAGACCCCCAUUGAGCCGUACACUAUAUUUUUUAUCAUACAUCAUUGAUGGGUUACCAAAGUCGCCGCGACUCCCAACCAAAUCUACCCUCUCACCAACGCCAAGGAUCAUCAUGCUCCACCCAAGACCUAGAGGUCGACCUUACAUGGCCGUUUGGAAAGCUCAAUGGGGUCGAUAAGGAUGACAUUCGUGAGACUGCCUAUGAGGUGUUUUUCACCUCGUGCAGGUCUUCCCCCGGGUUUGGGGGAAGAACUGCCUUGGCAUUCUAUUCACAUAACAAUAACAAUAACAAUAACAAUAACAACAACAACAACGAUCAUUAUUAUGGAGAUAAUAAUGGUCAUGUUAAUAAUAAUGGUCCUGGGUCUCCAAGUUCACCAGGGUCAACGCGCGGCAAUGGGGUGGGGAUGGUGACAAAUAGUAAGAUAAAGAGGGCGUUGGGAUUGCGGACUCUUAAGCGAAUGCCUUCUAGGAGAUCAUCCCUAGGCGGAGCCGUUGGUGCCACAGGGUCUAACUCGGGUGCCGGUCCAUCUUCACCUCAUGCUUAUGGACAUGUUGUGCAUUCACAUAGUGCUAGUAUCCCCGGGAUUUCAUUCACCGUGCCUAGUAGAACGUCUCGAAAACCUCUAACAUCCGCGGAGAUCAUGAGGUUACAAAUGAGGGUCACUGAGCAAGGUGAUAAUAGGCUUCGUAAGACGCUUAUGAGAACUCUUGUUGGCCAAAUGGGCAGACGAGCAGAGACAAUAAUCCUUCCACUUGAGCUACUACGCCACUUAAAACCAUCAGAAUUUCGAGAUCAUACUGAGUACCAUUUUUGGCAAAAAAGACAGUUAAAGAUUCUCGAAAUAGGGUUAAUUCUCCAUCCAUCGAUCCCACUUGAGCAGCGUAACUCUUGUGCUACGAAAUUAAGAGAGAUCAUACGACUCAAUGAAGAUAAGCCUAUUGACACAAGUAAAAAUUCGGAGACAAUGAAGCAAUUAUGCAACUGUGUGUUGUCCUUGGCAUGGCGUGGGGCGAAUGGCAAUCCUACUGAUGUAUGUCAUUGGGCAGAUGGACACCCACUCAAUCUACACCUUUACAUUGCAUUACUCUAUUCGAUAUUUGACAUCAAAGACGAGACUGGUGUUUUAGAUGAAGUCGAUGAGUUAAUGGAGUUGAUGAAAAAGACAUGGACUACCUUUGGGAUUACUAGGCCUGUCCACAAUUUAUGCUUCACUUGGGUGCUUUUCCAACAAUAUGUCGUAACAGGGCAGACCGAACCUGAUCUUUUAUGCGCGACAUUGACUAUGUUGGUUGAGGUGGCUAAUGAUGCUAAGAAGCCGGGAGAUAGAGAGGAAGCUUAUGUGAAAACAUUGGCUUCUGUAAUGAACUCGAUUAUUGGAUGGUCAGAAAAGAAACUACUUAAUUAUCAUGAGGGAAUCUGUAAGAGUAAUGCUCAUGUAAUUAUGGAGAAUCUACUCCCUUUGGUCUUGCAGGCAAGGAAGAUAUUGGAUGAAGAUGUAUCCACUACCAUUGCUGCUAGGCAAGAACAAGGAGAGGGGAAGGAAACACAUGAGUCCUCUGGUAAUCGAGUUGAUUACUAUAUUCGUUCCUCAGUACGGAAUUCAUUCUCAAAGAUAGCAGAAGGCAUGAAUAUAGCCAGUAUGCAAUUAGAGGGAGAAAAGGAAGUUAGCGAAGCACUCGUAUCUUUGGCACAAAAGACAGAGGAAUUGGCUGCAAAGGAGAAGGAAACUUACAGCAGCACUCUAAAAAGGUGGCACCCAGUGUCUGCAGCAAUAGCAUCAGUGACAUUACAAAAUUGUUACGGCGCUAUAUUGCAACAAUAUCUAGCUGGGGUAUCGAUGCUCACAAUAGAGGCAAUAAAUGUGCUUCAUAAAGCUGGAAGACUUGAGAAAGUUUUAGUGCAAAUGGUGGUUGAAGACACUGUUGAUUGUAAAGAUGGAGGGAAGUCCAUUGUUAGAGAGAUGGUCCCUUAUGAAGUCGACUCUGUCAUUAUAAGGCUUUUGCGAAAGUGGAUCGAGGAGAGACGACGUAAAGGGAGAGAUAUUCUUCAAAGAGCCAAGGAAACUGAAACAUGGAAUCCAAAGUCUAAAGCAGAGCCAUUUGCACAAUCAGCUAUUGAGCUUAUGAAAAUAGCUAAAGAAACUAUUGACGAUUUCUUUGAGAUUCCAGUUGGUCUUUCUGAUGAUCUAGUCCAAGAUCUUGCCGAAGGUCUCGAACGUGUAAUCCGAGAUUAUACAAGCUUUGUUGCUAGUUGUGGAACAAAACAAAGUUAUAUCCCAACACUCCCUCCUCUAACUAGAUGCAAUCGAGAUUCAAAAUUUGUCAAACUUUGGAAAAGAGCAGGUUGUAGUGUUGGUAUGCAAGAUCUCCACCAUUACAUGGCUGCCAUCGAAGGUCAUCAUGCACGCCCAUCGACUAGUCGUGGCACCCAACGCCUCUACAUCCGCCUCAACACCUUACAUUACCUUUUAUCUCACCUCAACUCUCUUGACAAGACACUUGCCCUCUCCCCGCGAGUCAACCCUAAUACACAAAAGCGUUACCCUAAUAGUCAGAGAAACUUGGGAAACUCUGCUACAUACUUUGAUCUUGCUCGCACCUCAAUGCAAGGCGCUAUACAACAUGUUGCUGAGAUUUCAGCCUACAGACUAAUCUUCUUAGACUCAAACUCCAUUUUCUAUGAGAGCCUUUAUGUUUUUAGUGUGUCUAAUUCAAGGAUUAGGCCUGCUUUGAGGAUCCUUAAGCAGAACCUAACUUUAUUAGGCGCGAUUUUGAUUGAUCAUGCUCAACCACUAGCAGUAAAAGAGGUGAUGAAGGCAUCAUUUGAAGCAUACUUAAUGGUGUUGCUUGCAGGAGGGUGUACUAGAACAUUUUGUAGGUCGGACUAUGAGAUGAUUGGAGAGGAUUUCGAGAGCUUGAAAAGGGUGUUUUGCACUAGUGGUGUAGGACUAAUAGCCGAGAAUGAAGUGGACAAAGAAGCCGAGGGGGUGCAAGGAGUGGUUGAUCUUAUGGGACAGUCCACAGAGCAACUAGUGGAAGAUUUCAGCACCGUGGCUUGUGAGAGGAGCGGUAUGGGAAUGAACGCGACAGGAAAGAAACUACCAAUGCCACCAACAACAGGAAGGUGGAAUAGAUCAGAUCCCAAUACAAUACUGAGAGUAUUAUGUCAUAGAAAUGAUAGAUCAGCAAAUCAUUUUUUGAAAAUAACAUUCCAGUUGCCUAAGAGGAGAUGAUAACAACAACAAUAAUGUUUGUAGGCUUGAUGAUGAGAUGGAGAGUUUGUAAAGUCGGGUGGUGUUUACGUGAACAUUGAUAGAAUAAAGAUUGUUGUUCUUUUAAACAAUUUUGCUGAAAUAAAAAGAUAUAGUUUCAUUUUGCACCAGAUUAUUGUGAAGGAA